AUGCCAAAUUUAAAAGCAAAGAAAGGACACUUGUAUCAACAUCAUCCGUAUUUAUCAAAAUUUUAUAAAUUUAAUAAGGAAAUGUCUAAAGAUGGAACUUUUUCAAUGAGCAAGACACAACAGAUGGGCCGUCGUGUGUUUGAGCUUGUAAAUGAGAAUAAAUAUAUUGUAAUUGAAAAAAGGGAUGCAAAUGUUUUGUUAAUUUUUUUGAACAAGAAGGAACAAAUUAUCAAUAUCCCAAAAAAAUAUAGAGUGAGAGAUGUACGUGCCCAGGAUAUGUAUAAAUCACAUGAAUUUGAUAGAAUUCCUUGUUUUAUUUUAUCAAAUAAUUUAAAUGAUUUUCAAUUAUGUGUCAAAAAUCAAGAAACAAAAGAAUGGGAAGCGAUCUUUUGGUUUGAUAAGAUGGACACCUUUUCUGUAAACCAUAGUUCUGAGAUUGUGGGUAUUAAUCGUAAUGAGCAUCUCGAGUUGUAUUCGAGAAUUAAUGAUAGUAUUCAAAAAACGAUUAUUGAUGUAGAGACCCAAGAGUCACAAGAUAAAAUGUAA